CAUUGCAGAAACAGGAUGAAGUUGUCCAGUGAAAAGUUGCCCAGGAACCCCUUUUAUACCUCUGUAUCCAAGUAUGUUGCUAAGAACCAAAAAGUCUUCGAAUGGAGAAAAGAAAAGACUGAUCAUUAUAGCCAUGCUAAUUUGUUGGAUAAGGCAUUGCAGCUCUUGAAGGAAAGAAUAGUAAGAGGGGACAUGCUGGCAUAUUUCCUACGAGGUCAACUAUAUUUUGAAGAGGGAUGGUAUGAAGAAGCAUUAGAACAGUUUGAAGAAAUCAAAGAAAAAGAUCAUCAAGCAAUUUACCAGCUAGGAGUCAUGUAUUAUGAUGGGCUGGGCACCACUGCAAAUGCUGAAAAAGGAGUGGACUAUAUGAAGAAAAUUCUUGAUUCUCCAUGUCCCAAAGCAAGACACUUACAAUUUGCAGCUGCUUACAACCUUGGAAGAGCUUAUUAUGAAGGAAAAGGUGUUAAACAAUCAAAUGAGGAAGCUGAAAGACUAUGGCUUUUUGGGGCAGACAAUGGAAAUCCAAAAGCUAGUGUGAAGGCUCAAAGUAUCCUAGGAUUGUACUAUUCAACAAAAGAGCCUAAAGAAUUAGAAAAGGCAUUUUACUGGCAUUCAGAAGCAUGUGGCAAUGGAAAUCUGGAAUCCCAGGGUGCACUUGGUCUUAUGUACUUCUAUGGACAAGGCAUCCGCCAGGACACAGAAGCUGCCCUGCAUUGCUUAAGAGAAGCAGCAGAACGUGGAAAUGUCUAUGCUCAAGGGAAUCUCGUGGAGUAUUACUAUAAGAUGAAAUUUUUUACAAAGUGUGUUGCAUUUUCCAAAAGGAUUGCCGACUAUGAUGAGGUUCACGACAUCCCCAUGAUAGCCCAGGUCACGGACUGUCUCCCAGAGUUCAUCAGCAGAGGGAUGACCAUGGCAUCUUUCUACCAUGCACGAUGUCUUCAGCUUGGCUUGGGUAUCACAAAGGAUGAAGCAACAGCUAAACACUAUUAUUCUAAAGCUUGUCGUCUGAAUCCUGCAUUGGCAGAUGAACUUUACUCCUUACUUAUUCAUCAAAGAAUUUAGACUACAAAGCAUUUCAACAAAGAUCAUCAAUCCUAACACCAUACAAUAAUUGGUUUCUUAUCAAGAACUUGGCAGGAUGAUAAUCCAGCCUCACCUGGAAUGUUUUCAAGUAGCUUUUGCUGGGC